AUGCCAAUUGAUUGGAAAAUAUAUUGUUUUCCAGAUUUGGUUAGGGUUGGGAUCAUUGAGUUGUAUGUGACUUGUGGGAGGGUGGGUGAUGCACAGAAGGUGUUCGAUGAAAUGUCUAAAAGGGAUGUGAUUGUUUGGAAUUUGAUGAUUCGUGGGUUUUGCAAGAGUGGCAAUGUCGAUACUGGGUUGUGUUUGUUUAGGAAGAUGGGUGAGAGGAAUGUUGUUUUGUGGAACUCGAUGAUUUCGUGCUUAGCGCAGUGUGGGAGGGACAGUGAAGCUUUGGGGUUUUUUAAUGAGACAUGGGAGCAGGGUUUUGAACCGGAUGAGGCUAUUGUGGUGUCGGUUUUGCCUGCGUGCGUUCGGGUCCUGCAAGAAGUUGUGUCUGUGGGGAACUCACUUGUGAGUUUUUACUGUAAACGUGGAGAUUUGGAUGUUGCAUCUAGUGUUUUUGAACGAAUGGCCCGGAAGGAUGUUGUUUCCUGGAACUCUUUGAUUUCGGGGUAUGCAUUUAAUGGGAGAGGUGUACUUGGGAUCAACUUGUUCAAGGAGAUGAUGCAGGUACUUAACCCAUUUGAUCAGGUUCCAAAGAAAAUGGACUGA